AUGGCUCGUCUAAAUGAGAUUGAUCUACGCGGGACCUCAGAUGAUAUAUCUAGCGCAAAUGCAGAUGACUCUGCUUUACCCUCAUAUGCUGAUGCGGUGCCUUCUGGGGAGGCGUCUUCUGUGGAUCCACUCAGAACUGCCGCCACCAUCCCAGCCUCUCAGUUUUACGGAAAGAGGGUAAAGCAUACAUAUUCUAGCCGGAAUGUAACGAAGAAUAAGGAAGCUGGAUCUUCCUCAGUGGGCCCAGGCACUUCUCAUACCUCGUACAAAUUCACUGCCGAGUCUCCUUCGCAUGAUGAAGGCAUGGCUUCCAACUCAUCACGGAUAGAUGGUGACGCACAAGUAAUGAAACAGACCCCUGUCUCAUCUCUUACUUCCGAGCCUCUUGAGGAUUACCGCCCACCAGAGCCGGUUUUUGAAACAACAUAUAAUACCGAUUGGUUCGAGGGUAGUCCGACAUGGGGUCAAUCGGGGCUUGACGUUCGGUUGUGCAAGUUGGAAGGGAACAUUGGCUCACAGAACCGCCCCCCGAUUGGUGGGAUGCGAAGUAUGCCGCGUUCACAGAAUAUAGGCCUGGGCCUGGUCAAUUACCUCCACUUGUCGCUGCCAACAUUUUUUGCAGAGCCCCUCUAUCGUUGUGGAGUCAUUUCCGUCCCAACUCCACCCGAUCGCAAAGAGGGUACCCAUGGUCCGGACCCUAGAUAUUCGGCUUCUAAAUUAGAUGACGUCCGCAACUGCCUGCCGGAGCAUCUCUUUUAUAAUUUCAAAUCUCAUGGCUGGGUUUUCGUCAAUGUGGCACAGGAUGAAGCUUUGAGUGUUCCAUUGCGCGAGAUUCCGGGAAAACCCUAUCCUUCGGAUGUUGGUCGUGCGUUAUACGCUAACUGCACUGCUCGACCAGGGGCUACAGAUGUCCCCCCAUUACUUUCCGCUGCGUUCUCUUCCCUGCAUGAGGCCUCGUUCCAGUCGUCAGCUGGCGCAUCAGGGCGGGGUGGCAACAACGCCAACAAUGCAAACCCACCAUCAACAACAGCAGACUUGGCAUCGGCUACAAUACGGGCAGAUUUAUACGUUUGUGCCCUUUGUCAAGUGUACGUUGUGGUUAGCGGAGUCAUCCCUGCCAUCAUUCCCCGAGAUGUGCUGGACACCUUAGUUUUGAGUCGUUCGAGUAACCCACCUCUGGGAAAGACUCCGCAGCAAAGUGUUAUCGCAGCAUUGGAACUCUUGGUGAAGAUUAUGGCCAAUUGCUUGUUCAAAGGUCAGGGAGGCGCCGUCAAUACCCAGGCAACUGGAUUUUUAAAUAAUCUGGGGUGGAAUGAGACCACCGCUGAGAUAUUUGAGCGCAUUGGGUUCCGCAGUCAUCAUGAACUUCCUAUGCGUCUGGCACCCCCUCCGUUUUCAUCUGCGUCCCCUCAGGGUAGUAGAAAUAGGGCAAUCAUGACUCGGGCAUGGAUUGAGAUCAGCGCGCUGAAGGGGUACCCUGAAGCCGAUCCAGGGGAUGGUGUCCACAUCUACACGAUGUCAUUACGGGAAGAAUUCGAGGGGCUGAUCGGGUCUCAAACAAGAGACCAGCCGUGGAUGUUUGCCACCAAUCCAUGGCAUGGAUCCUUGUUCCUGCAGUUUGGAAUGCCAGUAGAGUCCUACUCCGAGAAGCUUCUCGAGUUUGCCUUCCAUCAGCAAAUUCGUUGUGAUCCUAACAAUAUCCCUCAAUAUCUUUCGGCGUUAGAAAUGAUCGAAGAAAUUCCCGGUCUCCCCCACCGUCAAGAUUUAACAAACUUCAUCAUGACCCAAAAAUCUAGAGGCCUUUGGUCUCGUAAGGAUUUGGACCGUGCCGUGGGGUUGUUGGGUUUUGGACCAGACGGUCCUUUGCGGAUAAACUUCGAUCGCGACGUGGAUGGCCAUUUCUUGAUUGGUGCCUUUAGGAAUGCGUGGGAUGGGAUUGACCUCAGCAAUGCGAAGGAGGGGUUGUAUGAUCCUGAGAAGCGUGAUACCUUGCGGCGGGAUCUCAAAGAAGCGCUUUUGAUUGCGUCUCAGUCUUUGGGCAGCCAGGUCAUCGUGGAACAGGCGAGACAAGAAAUCGAACUCAAGAGUAUGAGCCCCAACGCUGCGUAUGCUGCUUUUGACGCUACUAGGGACGUUGACGACGACACUCUAAUCGUCGCGUACGAGAUGCGUGCAACAGAACAACCAGGGGAGAUCGAUAAAUUACGAACGACUUUGCAGUUUAUCGCGGAGGACCGUAAUAGUGACCGAUUGCGCGGGUUUCUUGGGGGUGGAGUAGAUUCGGGACAGGGACACUCUCACCGUCUGGAAUGGCCUCGCGGAUUAUAUCAACUUGGGAAUACUUGUUACCUUAAUUCAUUGUUGCAAUACUUUUACACGAUCAGACAACUCAGAGAUGCACUUGCAUCAGGUUCCUUUAGGUCCGGUGCUGGGGAAGAGGACUUCAAAGGGAAACCAAUUGGAGGACGAGUUAUUUCUUCUCGUGAACUUGAUCGUUCUCGUAGAUUUGUGACACAUCUUCAUAACCUGUUUAUCAACCUCGCUCACGCAGAGGCCCCUGCGGUCCUUCCCGAAGUGGAACUUGCCAAACUGGCACUUAUGACGUCCAAGGACGAGGAAAUGGGUUCUGGGGCUCAAGAAACCGCUGCAACAUCCAUCGGGAGUGCGGAGACAGACUCUACCUUAGUCGAGGCUAACGGGACGGAGGCUGAAAAUCCAUCAGACAUCCCAUCACUACCAUCCCAUCAGGUUUCUUUCAUGUCCGCGCCUUCGCCUCAAGUCACUAUACUGGGUAAACGUUCUAGCGAGUCCCGACUCACAGCAAAGCAGGAGCCCGCUUUGCCCAUGGAUGUCGACGAUUCACCGUCUCCCAAGCGUAGACAGACGACAGGCGAGUUAGGCCCCGUAUCCCAACGUGAAGCCACCCUUGCCGAGGACUCCGAGAUGUCUGAUCCGUCGGCAAACAAGGCGAAUCCGAGCCUUGCCUCAAGCGUUCCUCCCCCGUUACCCCCUCGAAAUCGCCAGCCCUCAGUAGGUGACAUGAUGUUCGGUCGACAAAACGACGUUUCCGAAUGUAUGGACAAUUGCAUUUUCCAGAUAGAGGCUGCGCUUCAGUUUGAUUCGGAACUUGGAGAAGGAUCCGAGCGUCUGAAUGUCACCCGCCAUAGACUCUUUUACGGAACCAAGCGACAGCGGAUAACGCCCCUUGAUGAGGAUGCGAAGUCACAAAGCGUUGUCAGUGAAAAGACGGAUCUUUUUGCGCAGCUCCUCGUCAAUGUCUCCAAUGAAGGAACGGAUCUAUAUGAUGGGCUCAGCGGUUUUAUGGAUGAUGUCAUAGAAUUCGAAGGAAAGAAAGCCAGCAUGGAGGUCGUUUUAGUUGAAACUCCGCCAAUUCUCCAGAUUCAGCUUCAGAGGGUACAAUUUGAUCGCCAGACAAUGCAAGCCCGAAAGAACAAUGCAUACGUAGCAUUUGGAGAGACAUUGUACAUGGACAGGUUCAUGCAGUCGGCAAAUCCGGAGAAACGAGCGAAGUCAGCCAUCAUUCAAAAGGAUCUGCAGAGGUGUAGGGAACGUGUAGCUGUCCUCACCGAAAGCUCAACUGAUCCUAUACUUGAAUCACUGGCCCAGUCAGAAGAGCUGGCUCACGAUUUUCUAGCUGGUGGCGUGGAAGAGAUUGAUCAAGCACUCGUAGACUAUUUACGUGGCGAGAAGGAUGUUGUUCAUCGCGAAAUAGAGGACUGCCGUGCUCGCGCAAAGCAGUUAAAAGUCGAGCUGGAAGAACUCUGGUUGGACGAGCGGAAUCAAGAAUACGAGCUCUGCUCCGUUUUCAUUCACAGAGGGACCUCUCCCGCCUGGGGCCAUUACUUCUUCUACUCUUGCAAUCUUCCCAACAAUCCUAAUUCGUGGUUCAAGUACAACGAUUCUGAAGUUAGUGUUGUCUCCAAGGAUGAGGUUCUGGCGGACGGAACGGGUUCGACUGCUAAUCCAUAUCUUCUCGUGUAUGCCAGAAAGGGUUCCAAUGUCAUUGACACAGUCCACCGCAUCAUCCCCUCGUGA